CAGUGUUUUAACAGUUUUUUCACUCACAAAAUCUCUUCCUCAAACCCUAACAAAGCCAAACCAAACUAAAACCAAAGCUGCAGCGAGCAAAAACCCUUCCGUUUCGGCCUUGCUUUUAAAUGCUUUAGAUCUCAACUCUUACUUCUUUUGUCAACCCCAAAUGUAAAUGUAAUUCCCUUGUUUAUUAACAGGGUGCUUUCUUUGUUUUGUUUCUUAUGGCUUCAGCUUGUGUUAACAACAUCGGCGUCUCGCCGGAGAGUUUCCAGCCUACAACAAGUUACUCUUCAUACGGUUGGUUGAGUCCCAGGAUGUCCUUCAGCCGAGAAGAGGAGUCGUCCAAGUCUAGACCCAAGUCUCCAACUGAUACAUCUUCUGCAGAUCCUCUUCCUGCCUCUGAUCCGCCAGAGAUCCAAGAUAACCCAGCUGGUGACUUUGAGUUCCGGCUUGAAGAUCCUGUCACCAUGCUUCCAGCUGAUGAGCUUUUUUCUGAUGGUAAGCUCGUGCCUUUACAUUUCUCAACUGUGAAACAGCGUCCUCCUGUGAAUGUUUUGUCUGAGAUCAGGUCCCCCGAAACAGCCAAAUCUUGCCGGAGAAUAGAAAUGGAGAUUUCUGGCACGGAUCCUUACUUGUUUUCUCCUAAAGCUCCAAGGUGUUCCAGUAGGUGGAGGGAACUUCUGGGUCUUAAAAAGUUCUCCCAAAUCACCAAUCAACCUCCCAAAUCCGAGUCUCAAAGCAAAAUCUCAUUAUUAUCUAAUAAUAACUCGAAAUCUCUCAAGCAUUUUCUUCAUAGAAGCUCGAAAUCUUCCUCUUCCUCCUCUUCCACUGCGUCGUGGGCGGACUCUUCAUUAAGCCUUCCCUUGUUGAAAGACUCGGAUUGUGAGUCAGUCUCCAUAUCUUCAUCAAGGUUAUCGCUUUCUUCUUCAUCUUCCGGCCACGAACACGAGGAUCUUCCUAGGCUGUCACUUGAUUCCGAUAAGCCAAGUUUGAACAAUCCCAGCCCGAACCCUUUUGCUCCUUGUAGAAGUAUAAACCCAAACCCACCAAGAAUGAGGAUGGUUAAACCAAGACCAGGUUCAGGGUCUGAUAGUAAUCAAAAGGCGGCUGGUGGCACUCGAAUGGGACGAAGUCCGAUCCGAAGUAGGGAUUCAUCGGGUGGAGUAACAAGCAGGGGAGUUUCAGUAGAUAGUCCAAGAAUGAACUCUUCAGGGAAAAUCGUGUUUCAAAGCCUGGAAAGAAGUUCGAGCAGUCCAAGUAGUUUCAAUGGUGGUCCCAGGUUUAAACAAAGAGGGAUGGAAAGGUCAUAUUCAGCUAAUGUUAGGAUCACCCCAGUUCUUAACGUCCCCGUUUGUUCCUUGAGAGGAUCUUCAAAGUCAGGCUCAGUAUUUGGAUUCGGACAGCUGUUUUCAUCUUCACCACAAAAGAGUGCUAAUGGAGGAAGCAGCAAAGGGCAUCAGAGUAACAGCAGCAGCAGAAACAAAACAUCCGAUCGAAACCAUUAAAAAGAACCAAAAGCAAAAUAAAAAAAAAGAGAUUUUGUAACAAACUAGUAUUAGUACCAAUUAGUAGUACAUUUUUAACGUUUUCAUGUGUAAUUUUUGAGAUUUUAUGUCAUGGCUUCUUUUUUAAUAUCCUAUGAGGGUUCUCUUAAGUGAUACAACUUUCACAAUUCCACAUUUUCUUGUAGCUCUCCUCUUUCGGUAACAAAAAAUUGUAGAAUUUAGAUGUAUAUACCCUUUCUUUUUCCCUUAA